GGCUUGAAGAUAACAUGCUGAAUCUAUUAAUAAUGGUAUGCAGCAUAAACCUAUGACAAUGCAGGAAAGGAAAAGAAAAAGCCCCUCCAGUGUUGUUUCCUGCAAAGACCAUUUUUAAAAGCCCGUUGGACAGCGCGGAGGCUCUUGAAGUGAUAGCUAAUUGGCAAAAGAAAGGCCCCAAUUGUCUUGAGGGGGCUGGAAAGUGCCGCGUGUGCUUCUGAAAAGGACUAGGGAGAAGGUGCCCGGUUUCGCUAAGCAGCUGCUGUUGGAGAUGUUUGGAGAUUACAUCAGCACUGGAAAAAAAGAAUCUGAAAAAAGUCUAACUUCACAGAGAGGGAGAGAGAGAGAGUUUAUGGAGGUCCCCCCCGCUUCCCCUUCCAAAGAUCUUCUGACAAUACUGUCAUUGUCAAUAUAAGAGUUGUUAAUUCUUUAUGAAUAGCACAUGGGGCCUCUUGACUAAAUAGUACAUUACAUGUCCCAAAUCUGUCAGCUGGACUCUUCUCUCACAUGCUAGUGAGAUCACUUUGAUUGGAAUGUUACAGGAAUGGCUUGGUUUGCUACACAGCCUGAAUACUACAUUAUAUAAUUAGAUCUCCCAGAGUAGUGAUAUUAGUGGUAGUAUCUUUUUCCCCUCAUUACCUUGUUAUUCUAGCUUAAAUAUGGGAUCAGGUCCUUUGAUGAUUUUAGUGGUCGUAAUUAUAUUAAUAAGAUUCAUUUUAUGGUCCUGUCUCAGUGCUUAUUUAGAUUACAAACCGUCUCGUAGGUUUCCUGAAAAGAGGAAGGACUCUUGAAAGAGCUCAUAUGCAUUUUCAAUGAACAAAUGGUGCCUCACUGGACAAUGUCACAGAACAGGACAAAUUUUACUUUUCAAAGGGGCUAGUUAACAACUCUUUUCUUGGUAGGGUCAACCCAGUUUAGGGGCCAUUUUAAAAGAGGUCUAGCCUUUAAUAAGCAGAGAACUGCAAAGUACCAUAGUUCUCCUACCUAAGUAAUUCAUGAUAUUGUUUUUGGAAAGAACCUGCAGUCACUGGCUCUCUAAGUAUUUUGGACUCUGAAUAUAAUCCUAUUGUUAAGGGUCCAGACAGUCCGAUUGACUGAGUUCCAUUGCCUUGACAACUUAUAUGUGACAACUUCCUUCCUGUUGGAUAAGUUGCUGACCUACUGCCUAUGGCUACAAUAACUGUGUCUGUUUGCAACAACUGCCAUGUCAACCUGAACCAUGGAGAUCGGCAUCCUUCUGAAGUAUUGAUGUGUGUGUCUUUCAGCAACCUAGAACAUACCUAGAAGCAGAGGUGCAUCUAGGUAAUUUUGGAGCCUGGAACUAAAGGCCUUUGGAGGCCCCCUUCCCCUGAAAAUUAAGCAUCAUCAUGCUCUGGUGGGUGACCACACCACCCGGGACAGACUAAAGAGGAUUUAGGGGCCCAGAGGGGGAGUUGAGGCUCUGGACAUCAGCCCCGAAGACUGAGCGCCUCUGCCUGGAAGUGAACAUUUCAUUUCAGAGUGAGCCAUUCCAAAUCAACAUAGGUAUAAGCCUUAAUACGUGGGCUGUAAAAACUCUUAUGAAUAUCCUUAGUGGCUCUGAAUGAAUUGCUGCUUCUUGAUAUGCAUUUCCCCCUCUAUUUUCUGUUUUGGAGAAAUUAGCUGUUUUUCUGCGUUAGGCUAUUAUAUCAUUGCUCCAUCUAGCUUAGUCCUGCUGAUUCUUGCAGUGGAGUGAGGUUUCCCUAGAGGUUUCUGUAAUGAUUUCUCAAGUACAGAAAAAAAGGCAACUACCCAUCUGCUCUGGUCUACAAAUGAACUGUGGCAUGCACGGUGCCUUAUAAUGGGGAUGGGGAAUGUAAGAAGUGCAGAGUUGAUUGCUUUGCCAUUACUACCUCAACAGGUUGCAUUAAUUUCAAUGAGAAUUAAGCAUGUACAAUUCUAUAUCAAGUGCAAUGCAGUAUGUUGGUGCAUUUUAUUAGUAACACAUUACCAUACAUUCAUCUGUUCCUUUUAUUGGGAAUAUAGUUAUGUUGUCACAUGAUUGGAUAGGUUGCUUAGACAUUGCUUAGAAUUCCUACGUCUGGCAUAGGGGAUGCUCUAACUGGUAUUUCUGCUUGACCAUUUUCUGGCAGAAAAAUGCAUAUAUUAAAAAUGCCAAUAAGAUAAACAAAAGAACAAUAAAGUUCAAUGAAAUUUAUUUAUCACAGGCUAUAGUGUUACCUAAUUGGGCAGCAAAACAUAAAGGAUGCAUCCUGAGAUAUGGCAACAAAUUCCCACAUUGGCAAAAGAAGUUCAUAUCUGAUAUGCCAUCAACCUCUUGGAAUGCUAUUUGUGUGAUAGAUGACCCCAGGACUUAGUUAUCUAAAUUGUUGAAUUUGCAGACACAAUCUGCUUUGAGUCCUCCCCACUUGUCCCCAACUUGCUUCCUUGAUAAUGACUUCACAAGUGUCAUUUAACUUGCUUUCAAAAUGCAGUUAUAUAAUCAAUAGGAAACUUUCUAUUAUAUUAAAAUACUAAAUGCCCAUUGCAGACAGUUAUAUCUUUGCUCCAACUCUGGAACUGGAAGAUAGUGUUAAAAUGUGCUCAUUUUCAAAUGUAUUUGCUAGGAUUGUACAAUGGACCUGCAUUAAAGGUGGGAGGACUAAUUAUGGACAAGCCCGUGAUUCCAUUUUGAAUGAAUAUUGUUACUGAUUAAAACAAACCUACAACUUUAUUUGCAAUAUCAUUUUAGUGACAUUCUCUCAAGCAAUUACUGUCAAACGAUGUAAACGAAGUGUUCAGUGGGGCUUCCAUAAAGAGA